CUCCCGGACCGCGAGAUCGUGACCUGAGCCACCCGUGCACCCCUCUUCUGUUUCGUUUUUAUAAAUUGUGGUAAAACACACAUCACAUAAAAUUCACCAUCUCAGCCACGUUCAAGGGUGCGUUCAGGGGUAUUAAGCACACUCACCUUGCUGUAGGGGUCACCACCGUCCAUCUCCAGAACUUUGUCACCUUGCAGAACUGAACUCUGUCUGAUGAAAUAGUAACCCCCCCAUCCCCCUCCCCCGCCCCUGCACUCACCCUUCUGCUUUCUGUCCCCACGAGUGUGACUCCUCUAGGUUCCUCUGGGGACCUCACGUAAGUGGAGUCGGACGGUGUUUGUCCUUUCGCGACUGGCUUGUUUCACUGAGAACAACGUCCUCAUGGCUCAUCCACGUUGUGGCACGUGGCCGGAUUUCUCUCCUGGUCAAGGCUGGAUAAUAUCCCAUUGUGUGCGUGGACCACAUUUUGUUCACCGUCGGUGGACGCCUGGAUUGCUUCCAGGUUUUAGGUAUUGUGGGUAACGCUGCCAUGCACCCGCGUGUACAAGUAUUUCUUCGAGGCCCUACUUUCUGUUCUUUCGGGUGCACACCCAGAAGUGGGAUGGCCGGACCACGUGGCAAUUCUGUGUUUACACUUGAAGGAACCUGCGUACCGUUCUCCACGGCGGCUGCACUGGUUUGCGUUCCCACCAACAGCGCAUGAGGGUCUCGACUUCUCCACAUCCUCGCCAACACCUGGUUUUCUUUUUCAUUUACAUAUGGAGAGAGAGAGAGAGACAGAGAGAGAGAGAGGUGAGGCGGUGUCUCGUUGAAGUUUCGAUUUGCGUUUCCCAUUAGUGAUAUUAAGUAUCUUUUUACGUGCUUAUUUCUUAAAAGCUUUAUUUUAAACUAGUUCCAGACCUACAGGAAAACUGCAAAAAUGGCACGGGGCCCCGUUUACCCCUCAUCCGGUUUCCCUAGCGUUGACGUCUUCCGCAACCAUCCUGCGUCACCAAAACCGGGACAUCGAUAGUGGUGCCGCCGUACGGACCUUAUUCAGACCUCCCUACCCACCAACGUCCCUCUUCUGCCCUGGGGUCCCACCCCAGACCCCACGUUGCGUGCGGGUGUUGCGUCUGCCUGGUCUCCUCCAGCCGGUGACAAGUCCUCAGUCUUGCCUGUCCUCUUCCGACGUCGAUGCUUCCGCAGGCAACUGAGGAGCGACGUUGUAAAAAUACCCAGAAUCGGAGUUUUUCUCACGAUCGGAACACGGUUAUGUGUCUUUGGCAAGGAGCCCGCGGCCGCGCGGGCGUCCUCUCCUCCGCGUCCUGCAUCCGAGUUGUCCGUGUCUGUCUCCCGCUCGCGGUGAUGGAGAAAAUGUAGCAGAUCCACGGUGAGGCGCUACCUGCCCAAGCGUGGUGCGGACAGACCAGCCUAGACGAGCGGCCCCCCCCGGGCCCCCCGUGGGCCACCCUCACCAUGUCCAAGAAGGGCACGGGCGGCCGAGGCAAGGGGGACAAGGCGGAGGCCUUCGCUGCACUGCAGGCUGCCAACGAGGAGCUUCGGGCCAAGCUCACCGACAUCCAGAUUGAGUUGCAGCAGGAGAAGAGCAAGGUGAGCAGGGUGGAGAGGGAGAAGAACCAGGAGCUGAGGCAGGUGCGGGAGCACGAGCAGCACAAGAGCGCCGUCCUGCUCACCGAGCUGAAGACGAAGCUGCACGAGGAAAAGACGAAGGAGCUCCAGGCCGUGCGGGAGGUGCUGCUGCGGCAGCACGAGGCCGAGCUGCUCAGGGUCAUCAAGAUCAAGGACAACGAGAACCAGCGGCUGCAGGCGCUGCUGCACGCGCUCCGCGACGGCGCCCCCGACAAGGUCAAGACCGUGCUGCUGUCUGAGGCCAAGGAGGAGGCCAAGAAGGGGUUCGAGGUGGAGAAGAUCAAAAUGCAGCAGGAGAUCUCUGAGCUCAAGGGGGCCAAGAGGCAGGUGGAGGAGGCGCUGACCAUCGUGAUCCAGGCCGACAAGAUCAAGGCCGCGGAAAUCAGGAGCGUGUAUCACCUCCACCAGGAGGAGAUCUCCCGCAUCAAGAAGGAGUGUGAGCGGGAGAUCCGCAGGCUGGAACAGCAGUUGGAUGAAAAGGACGCUCGGCGCUUCCAACUUAAAAUUGCAGAGCUGAGCGCGAUCAUUCGGAAGCUGGAGGACCGAAAUGCCUUGCUGUCGGAAGAAAGGAAUGAGCUGUUAAAGCGCUUACGAGAAGCUGAGAGUCAAUACAAACCGUUGUUGGAUAAAAACAAGCGUCUCACUCGGAAGAAUGAAGAUCUGUCCCACACUUUGCGUCGGAUAGAAAACAAGCUAAAAUUUGUCACGCAGGAGAACAUAGAAAUGAGACAAAGAGCCGGGAUCGUAAGGAGACCCAGCUCCUUGAACGACCUGGAUCAAAGUCAAGACGAAAGAGAAGUUGACUUCUUGAAACUUCAAAUCGUGGAGCAGCAGAACCUCAUAGACGAGCUUUCUAAGACCCUCGAAACCGCCGGCUACGUGAAGAGUGUGCUGGAGCGAGAUAAGCUUUUAAGAUUUCGCAAGCAAAGAAAGAAAAUGGCGAAACUCCCCAAGCCGGUUGUGGUGGAGACGUUCUUUGGAUACGACGAAGAGGCUUCCCUGGAAUCUGAUGGCUCCUCUGUCUCUUACCAAACGGACAGGACGGACCAGACCCCGUGCACCCCCGACGAUGACCUGGAUGAGGGCGUGGCCAAGGAGGAGACGGAGCUGAGGUUCCGGCAGCUGACCAUGGAGUACCAGGCCCUGCAGCGAGCCUACGCCUUGCUGCAGGAGCAGGUCGGAGGGACGCUGGACGCAGAGCGAGAAGUUAAGACCCGUGAGCAGCUCCAAGCAGAGGUGCAGAGGGCCCAGACGCGGAUAGAGGAUCUCGAGCAGACCCUGGCUGAGCAGGGACAGGACAUGAAGUGGAUUGAAGAGAAGCAAGCUUUGUAUCGAAGGAACCAAGAGCUCGUGGAGAAGAUCAAGCAAAUGGAGACGGAAGAGGGUCGGUUAAGACACGAGGUCCAGGAUGCAAGAGACCAGAACGAGCUGCUAGAGUUCCGGAUCCUGGAGCUGGAGGAAAGGGAGAGGAAGUCGCCCGCCAUCAACCUCCACCACACCCCGUUCGCGGAAGGGAAGAGCCCGCUCCAGGCCUACUGCGAAGCGGAAGGCGUGACGGACAUCCUGGUCGCGGAGCUGAUGAAGCAGCUGGACAUCCUGGGGGAUAACGCCAAUCUGACCAACGAGGAGCAAGUGGUCGUCAUACAAGCUAGGACGGUCCUGACCUUGGCCGAAAAGUGGCUCCAGCAGAUCGAAGAGACGGAGUCAGCCCUGCACCGAAAAAUGGUUGACCUGGAGAGCGAGAAGGAGCUGUUCAGUAAGCAGAAGGGUUACCUUGAUGAGGAGCUGGAUUACAGGAAGCAGUCCUUGGACCAGGCUCACAGGCACAUCCUGGAGCUAGAAGCCAUGCUAUACGACGCCUUGCAGCAGGAGGCCGGGGCCAAAGUGGCCGAGAUUCUGUCGCAGGAGGAGCGCGAGAAGCUCAAGGUGGCCGUGGAGCAGUGGAAGCGUCAGGUCAUGAGCGAGCUGCGCGAGCGUGAUGCCCAGAUCCUGCGGGAGCGCAUGGAGUUGCUGCAGCUGGCACAGCAGAGGAUUAAAGAGUUAGAAGAGAGAAUAGAAGGUCAGAAGAGGCAGAUCAAGGAACUGGAGGAAAAGCUUUCAUUCUGUGGUCAUAGCUCGCCUGGGCCCCCUGACGUGCCCCCGGAGGAGCCAGACCCCUUUCCUCCAGCUGGACCAGAGAGCAGCCGGUGCCCGGGCCGCCAGACAAGACGCCCUGUCUCGUCCCCGAAGACCCGCGAGGAUCUGGUCUCUGCGGACCCCGGCCCGUCGAGGAAGAGGGAGAAAGGGGCGCUCUGAGCACCUCUGCGUGGGCAGCUGUCCACUCUGUGAGCCAGAAUUAGAACCAGUUCUUUGACUGGGGCUCCUCUGGAAGAGGCCUGGUCUUGGCUGCUGGACCCUGGGGUCUCUCCUCGGGGCGCAGCCUCCCUAUCCCGGUGACAGGGAUGCACGAGUUCCCUGCUGAGCAGGUGCAGAGAGCUGCUUCUGUGCAGAAGCGUCCGGCGCCCCGCGCUCCCACCUCACGGCCCCUUAAUCGUGCGACAUGCGUCUCAGAUGAACGGACACAGGCACCCCACCACGUGACACAAUGAAGCCCGCGGCCAAGAGGCGACCUUCAUUCGGGGAGGCCCCAGACGGGUCCCGUGCCAUCUCGGGUGGCCUAAGGAGGACUCGCUUGCCGGGGUCCUGAGCACCUACUGGCUGACGCACCCCUGCCUGUCACCCGUGGGAACAGCCGUGGCUGCCGCAUGCACCGUGCCACGAACCCCCGGCCUCCUAGGCCUCCCUGAGCCUCGCAGAGGAGCGCGGUGGGACCGACCAGAGGGAGACUGAGGAGUGUGGUAGUGGGAGGUGGGACAAGAGAGGGCCCAGACCCACUGCAAAGGGGCCUGGCUUUCCUGGAACGCAGAACCCCGGACACUGCGGCCCUGGGCGCCCGGUGCCACCCCAGCCCGGAGGCCCCGGGCCGAGCGGGGCCGAAGCUGCGGUGCAGACCUCCGGCCUUCUCCCUCGAGGGCAGUGCCCACCGAGGGCAGCCAUGCACCCGUGGUCCCGCAGAUACGAGGAGGGAACCCGAAGCGCAGGUGGUGAGGAGGGAGGAAACAGCACGUCGAUGAAGCUCCUUUGAAGCUUCCGUUCCUGCCUAGCGCUCUGGCCGCAGCCCAGGAACGUCUUCCAGCACUCGGAGCCAGCCCGACUCAUGGGCGGAAGAGGCUCUUCCAUCGACCCCACACCCUUGCUGGCCUGAGGUUGUCGCUCCCAGGGCUGAAUUCGCAAGGUGUGUGUGUGUGUGCGCGCGCGUGCAUGUGCGUGAGCCUCUGUGUGUGCGCACGUGCAUGCUCAACACGGAGACGAGAUUUGGGCUCUUUUGAGGCACCUGGAAGUUUACGUGCUGCGUAGUGACACCUGCAGCCGGGUGAGAGUGCGGCAAACACCGCGUAAAAGAAAAGCAGACUGUGUUUCCGAGGAGCGGAAGGGAGGGGUGACUGUGUUGUCUGCAAGUGUCAGGUUCAUCUCAUAUUUGCAUCGGAAGACGCGUCCAAGUCUGGCGCAGAUGACUGGCACCAGGCAGGGCUUGAUUCCCUGGGAGAGAUCGGGAGGAGGCUUACGGGAUCAGAGACGCUCUUCUCUAGUGGUGCAGGGUUUCUGCUGGGCAGCGUACUAUUAGUCAGACUUGUCCCGGGACACCCGUCCUUUCUGUUGUCAUUAACGCACGGUUACUUACUCACUUGGACGAGAUCCAGGGUGAAUCCGCUGCUUCUCUGGCUGAGCCUGAUGUUGGGGUUUGAGGACCAAGUCUGAAAACUUGUUUCAUUCUCCAUGACUAGUGUUGCCUCGUUCUAAUGGCCGCAUCCCCUGGAUACAUUUGAUGUGCCCAGAACCGAAUGGCAAACGGUAGUCUUGAGCUAAUAAACGCCCCUGUGGAGCUACGGAUGAACUCCCAGAUUGGGGCUGGGUGGAGGGUGUGACGCAGGCGUCCAGAAACUCUGUAGCGGCAAGCCCUGGGGGCGCUGCCGCCUGUGGUGCGGCCCCGCCCGCCCCAGUGGGUCCUGCCCAGGGACGGCAGCUGUGCGGGAUGGCCGUUCAGGAUCUAGCCACGUGCAGCUGAGACCCAACUUCGCCCGUGUUUAUUUGGAUCAUCCCGAUUUUGCAUUUGUCUGGAGCACUUCAUAUUCCCUCCGCACACGUGCCAGACGUUCUUAACCACGGCUUUGUAGUUUCGAAAAGGGCAAACUAGGCAGGACAGAGAAGCAUGUAGAUGCGUACCAAUGCCUAUGAAGUUGUUUACAUGUAAAAGGAUGUAGCGAAAAUGGCCCCGUGAAUGUUUUUAAUAAUAUCCCGUGUACCGAACCACAUUUGUAUCCUUGCCGUGUUCCUGAAAGUCCCCAUUGAGUCCCAAUGUUAGUUCUUCUCUUUAGACGUCAUUGUUUUUAUUCGUGUAUCCUGGGCACCUUCUUUUCACCUGAUUACGAAAUCCAGCAUUUCAGGACUGGGCUUUUGCCAACAACAGAAAACAGGCGGGGGGUGGGGGGAGGCAAAAGUGGAUACGAGCAUUUGUCCCUGCUUCCCGCUAGUCCGGUGAGCAUCCGAAGAAUUCAAGCGUUUUAAAAUAAUGUGCUCUUUCUAAAUCCUAGAGGAUAUCUUUUAUGCUAAACCAGUGGGCUGGACUGAAUUUGCUGAAAGUAUCUGUGCCCUGUUGUCGCAAACCUCCUCAAACAGGAGAAGGGUGGGUGAAUGCCACUCUCCCGUGGAACAAGGGGAGGGGUCGGAAGUUGCCAGAAAUGUUUACUGUGCAGCCAGGACGUGGACGUGCUGACAGUAUAACGGCAUCAACGCGAUCCCGCUGUGUACACAACACCCAGAACCGCACAGGUGUUUUCGUUGGUCUGAACUGGAAAUCCACGUGAAUCGCAGCCGCGUGUGUGCUGACACGGACGUGUGUGUGCACCUCAUUUCCACGGUCUAGAGUCCCGCUGCUGAAGGACUGUGCUCUUCCUUAAAGUGCUCUGCCCCUGCAGAACCUGUAGCCUACAGGACACCCCGCGUGCCUUACACGGCUGUGCAUACCACCCUGGUUGUCAGGAAGGAGGGUGUGUGGGAGUGGGUUUGGAGGCACUGUGACGUCCGUCUACAUUUACCAUCACCCCAUCACUGAAACCUUAAGGUGGAUUGUGUGUUUUAACACAGAAAUGGAUUUAUAUUUAGGCUCAGGAAAAUCAAGUUGUAAAUAUAUGUAUCAAAUCAUAUAUUUGUUUACUGUAUUUUAAAAAGCUUUACUGUACAUUUAUGCAAAAAUGAGUUCGGACUUGUUUUAUCAUGGCAUUAUGCCAGCCAGUAUGUGUUCUCUUACUAACCACAUUCUAAACACGAUAUUCUUCUGUUCAGUGCUAAACAGUAUUCACAGGCCUAAAAUAGGUGCCUAUGGUGGUCAAGUACAAAAUUUUACACUUAUUUUUGUAUUGUGAUUCCUAUGAUGUAUACCAGAGAAUUUUUACUCAUUUGUAAAUUAUUGUACAGUUUUAAUAAAAAAUGUUUUAAAUCUUAGAAUAUCAAAGUUACCCUCUUCCCACGGCAUUAAAGUUUGGGCAUAUUGGCAGUGCUAGCCACUUC